AUGGACAAGGUUCAGAUUUUCGAUGUUACUUUCGAAGUUGCUCCUCCUGCUAAAGGAAGAUUUCAGCGAUUUCUUGUUCUCGCUCAUCUCUUGUUUCUGGCAUUAUCUAUAUGGCUGAUGUGGAAUGUUGGUGCAGUCGAGGUUGCAGGCCUACCUGUGCCAGGCCUUGAUGGACUUCUACCUUUUGAUGUGCUUGCUCGCGAAGCUUUGCGUGGAGGAGACAACGAUUCUCUGUGA